CCUCUGGUUUGCGGAAUCCAAUUCAUUAAUCUCAUCAUCUCCAAUCAAAUCGGCAAUCUCAUACGAAAAACUUGGCGAAUGUACAACUCAGAUCCAAAUUAGAAUUUUGACACCGCGAGAAACAGAAGAAAGAAAUCGGACGAUUUCGAUGGAGGAAUCGGGAAGGGAAUCGCCGUUGAUGAGCCAUACCGAGAAGAGGCGGACGCUGAUGCGGAUGUCGUCGAACGUUCACGACGAGCUGCAGGCGUUCCGGCGGUGGCUGAAAUGGCUGUGCGUGGAUCAAUCGAAUGCAUGGACCUCCUGCCUCUCAUGGUUCGUCUUCAUCGCCAUGACCAUUGUCAUCCCCGCCUUCUCGCACUUCGUCCUCGCCUGCACCUACUGCGAUUCCCGCCACAGCAGGCCUUACGACGCUGUGGCGCAGCUCUCCCUCAGCGGCAUCGCCGCCAUCUCCUUCGUCUGCCUCUCGCAUUUCGUCCGCAAGUACGGUCUCCGGAGGUUUUUGUUCUUCGAUAAGCUUCGCGAUGAGAGCGAGAUCGUCAGGAAGGGCUACACCAAGCAAUUCAAUAGAUCAUUGAAGCUCUUGUUCAUCUUCGUGCUGCCCUGCUUCGCUGCUGAGAGCGCGUACAAGAUGUGGUGGUACGGAUCAGGUGGGACGCGCAUCUCCUUCCUAGGCAAUGCCGUGGUGAGCAACACAGUCGCGUGCAUCCUGGAGCUGUGCUCGUGGUUCUACAGAACUAUGGUGUUCUUCUUAGUGUGUGUUCUGUUCCGGCUCAUCUGCUGCCUCCAAAUCCUCCGGCUCCAGGACUUUGCGCAGGUCUUCCAAGCCUAUUCGGAUGUCGAAUCCGUCCUCAAAGAGCAUCUCAGAAUCAGAAGACACCUCCGCAUCAUAAGCCACAGAUACAGAUCAUUCAUCCUGUGGUCCUUGAUCUUCAUCACAGCUAGCCAGUUCUCGUCUCUGCUCAUGACCACACGUCCCAACGCAGAUGUCAACGUAUACCACACUGGAGAGCUCGCGGUAUGUUGCGUUAGUCUACUAGCAGGGCUCUUGAUCUUGCUGCGCAGCGCGACUAGAAUCACGCACAAGGCACAAGCCGUGACGUGCCUGGCAGCCAAGUGGCAUGUGUGUGCCACAGUGGACUCCUUUGACACAAAGACUCCAGCAUCUGAUGAGCAGUUUAUUGAUGGAGCUUCAGGUACAGAGGAUUCCGGUGACGAAGAUGACGAGCUCGACAACUGCAAGUUCGAUCCUUCCUACGUUUACAGCACAAUCUCUUUUCAGAAACGGCAGGCGCUGGUGACAUACUUUGAGAACAAUAGAGCUGGGAUUACGAUAUACGGCUUCAUGAUUGAUAGAACUACACUGCAUACAAUAUUCGGUAUAGAAAUGUCUCUCGUGUUAUGGCUGCUCGGGAAGACUGUAGGCAUUUCUUGAUGCGCGGCUUCAACUACUCGCCACCGGUAUCAUGCCGGGUGGAGAAAUUUCUUCUAAAACAAUGAUAAAACAUUUUGUAUCUCGCCACCGAUAUCAUGGCGGGUGGAGAAAUUUCUUCUAAAACAAUAAUAAAACAUUUUGUAUGAAUAUAAUGACUACGUAGAU